CCUAAAAGAUGCAAAGAAUCUUCCUCCCGCAGCCGCCACUUCCUUUGCCCUUACCUAAGAUGGCGGCUAGUUGCCUUCGGCCCGGCUUACUGAGGCUGCUCGGUACUCUCCGCUGGCGCAAACAGGUCUACAGCCCGCCUUUCCCGCGGAGGUGAAGCCUGGGACGCGGCGUGUCUCCGCCCCGCCGUGCAGCAAGGGGGUGUGUUUGGGGGUAUUGAGGUUAGCUAAGGAGGUGGAGGACCUAGGGUCGUGCUGCGCUCUGCCUUUUCCUUGCUUCCUGGCACCAAGGCUGCACGAGCCCAAGGGUUUUUUUUUUCCCCUUGGGCCCAAUAUGAUACUAACUAAAGCACAGUACGAGGAGAUAGCCCAGUGCCUAGUGUCUGUACCGCCCACCAGGCAGAGCCUGAGGAAGCUGAAGCAGAGGUUCCCCAGUCAAUCGCAGGCCACUCUGCUGAGCAUCUUCUCCCAGGAGUACCAGAAACAUAUUAAAAGAACACAUGCCAAACAUCACACUCCAGAAGCGAUUGAAAGUUAUUACCAGAGGUAUCUGAACGGUGUGGAGAAAAACGGAGCAGCCCCUGUGCUCCUGGAGCUGGCCAAUGAGGUGGACUAUGCACCCUCAUUAAUGGCUCGGAUUAUCCUGGAGAGAUUUCUACAGGGGCGUGAACAGACUCCACCCUCCAAGUCUGUUAUAAAUAAUAUGCUACGGGACCCUUCUCAGAUUCCAGAUGGAGUUCUAGCCAACCAGGUCUAUCAGUGCAUUGUGAACGACUGCUGUUAUGGACCGCUGGUGGACUGCAUCAAGCAUGCCAUUGGCUAUGAGCAUGAAGUGCUGCUGAGAGACUUGCUUCUAGAGAAAAACCUGUCCUUCCUAGAUGAAGAUCAGCUCCGUGCAAAGGGCUAUGACAAAACACCAGACUUCAUCUUACAGGUGCCAGUUGUAAUGCUUUGUCCCUUAGCUGUGGAAGGGCACAUAAUUCACUGGAUUGAAAGCAAAGCCUCAUUUGGUGAUGAAUGUAGCCACCACGCCUACCUGCAUGGCCAGUUCUGGAGCUACUGGAAUAGGUUUGGACCCGGUUUGGUAAUCUAUUGGUAUGGAUUUAUCCAGGAACUGGACUGUAACCGGGAAAGGGGCAUCCUGCUCAAAGCCUGUUUCCCCACAGACAUUGUCACCUUAUGCCAUAGCACAGCUUGACCCUGAAGAUCCUGGAAGAGAAGCCGGAAGCAAUGUUACUUUCCUGCAGUAUAAACUUCUGGCAACAUCUGCCCUGAACUUCAGCUGAACCCUGGCUGCUGCAGUCGCAGCCCUACCUCUCUAGACAAACAUAUCAGGAGUUUCUGCUUUCCUUCAUCCCUUGCUGAUGUGAAUAGCCAAGAACUCCGGACACAACCCACUCAUUAUCAGCAUCUCUGUCUCUGACACAGUUUAUAGAUAGCCAUAAUCUUGCUUCCUUCCCAAGGCUUUUCCUUGUACACUGAACAGAAGGAGAGGUGUGGGGACUGAAAGGUGGGAUGUUUCAAUUCUCCUCCCUGUUAUCGAAUCACUGCCUUGUUUUUUCUUCUAAACCUCCAUUCAUAGUCUCUCCCUCUCCCUCUCCCUCUCCCUCUGCCUCUCCCUCUCCCUCUCCAUCUCCCUCUCCCUCUCCAUCUCCCUCUCCAUCUCCCUCUUCCUCUCCAUGGAACUAAGUGUUGCAUUAAUAUCAGGGAAUGACCUAGCACAAACCUAGAAAAGCUGGAGACAGGAAGUAUGUAUUCCUUCUCACCUGGGGCUCAGCAUGGCUAGACAGGGACUUUAUCUGUCAAGCCUUAUGGCCUCCUGACUUGCGUGGCAUCCAGCCAAGCUGCAAAAAUCCCCCUUGAUGAGAAUUUCCUCUUUUCAUAAAGCUUAUUUGAACACCAAACAUUUCACAUUGAUCUCACCUUAAAAUAUGAAUUCUUUGUGUUUGGCAACCAUGAUGCUUUGGUUUGGGACUAAGGCAGAAGACUGACGUUCAGCCUCCCUGUCUAUAGUGGCCCUUUAAACAUGACUGCCGGCCUCUACAAUGUUAGCCACUAUUUUUAUGAGAUUUUUUUAAGUGCAUUCAUACAUACUGCUUUGUGUCUGCAUUUCAUACCAAAUAAUUGAAUAACACUCAAAUAAUUUAGACAUUAUAAAUAGUCAGCUUUGAAUGAAUUAAGUGUACCAGAAAAAUCCUAGAGCAAUUUUUAAAUAAGCAAAAUAAAAGAGAUUUUGUAUUUAUUCACUUUAAUUUAUUCACUUUUAUAUCCUGCAGACCAGACUUCAAUCAGAAGCAAAAUAUCAAUAAAAUAAUUAUAAACCUAUCUUUUGGGAAAUUAAAAAGUAAUAUGCAACUCCCAUCCCCCAAGAAAAAGUACUUAGUAAAAACUAUGUGCCCCAGUGCUUGUAAAAUGUCGCUUUUAAAAUGUUAAAUAGAUGGUUUUUAGAAGUAAAAAUAAGACAUACACAUUGGUGGGUUCCUUUUGUGCCUGGUCCGUGAAAAACUUGCAGUAGGUCCAAGAUAGGAUGUUAAGGUCUCCUGGGAGACUGCAGUAAAUCACAGGGGAGAAGGCAGAGAGGAAAGGAAACAUCAGGCAGGGUCUGUGUAUGAAAUAGAUGAUUUGAGACCACUAUUAUAUUGCCUUUAUACAUAUGCUUUAAAAAAUACUAAAAUCUGGUUUUAUGACAUGUCCUAAGCCACUGGUUUUGUUUGUUUUGUUUUUUGGUUGUGGGGGGGGUAAAUUACAUGUAUCUGCACAGAUAUUAAAUAUCCUGCUAAGCCUUCAUCAGCUUGUUUUAACAUUAGCCUAAUUUAUGAUGGGUAUGCACAAAUAAAUUUUGAAAGCUCAAAAA